GCCUUCAGGAGACGACGAGCCGCGUGCCCAGUGUCCUGUGCGUACAGGUGGCCGGCUUUGGACCCGGCAAGCCGCGACCCCGGAAGUCCCGCGCAAGGGCCGGUGGGCCCUCGGCCCGGGCGGCUAUGGCAGUGGGUACCGCGGCAGCGUUACUGGCUGCACUAGGUGGGAUCCUGUGGCUAGCUGCCCGGCGGUUUGUGGGGUCCAGCGUCCAGCGGCUGCACCAAGGCGGGGACUCCGGCCUCAUGCGCGGGAAGACCGUGCUGAUCACGGGGGCGAACAGCGGCCUGGGCCGCGCCACAGCGGCCGAGCUGUUGCGCCUAGGGGCUCGAGUGAUCAUGGGCUGCCGGGACCGCAAGCGCGCCGAGGAGGCGGCGGGUCAGCUCCGCCGCGAGGUCUGGCCGACGGGAGGCCCCGACUCGGGGCCCACCUCCGGCGGUGCCGGCGAGCUCGUCGUCAAGGAGUUGGACCUUUCCUCGCUGAGCUCCGUGCGCUCCUUCUGUCAGGAGAUGCUCCAGGAAGAGCCUAGACUGGAUGUUUUGAUCAAUAACGCUGGAGUCUUCCAGUGCCCUUAUAUGAAGACUGAAGAUGGAUUUGAGAUGCAGUUUGGCGUGAACCAUCUGGGACACUUCCUACUCACCAACCUUCUCCUGGGACUCCUCAAAAGUUCAGCUCCCAGCAGAAUUGUGGUCGUUUCCUCUAAACUUUACAAAUACGGAGACAUCAACUUUGAAGACUUGAACAGUGAACAGAGCUAUAAUAAAAGUUUCUGUUACAGUCGGAGCAAACUGGCGAACAUUCUUUUUACCAGAGAACUCGCCCGCCGCUUGGAAGGCACCAGCGUCACUGUGAAUGUGUUACACCCUGGCAUAGUGCGGACUAACCUCGGGAGGCACAUACACAUCCCACUGUUAGUCAGACCACUUUUCAAUUUAGUGUCAUGGGCUUUCUUCAAAACUCCAGAAGAGGGGGCCCAGACUGCAGUGUAUUUGGCCUCUUCACCUGAGGUGGAAGGUGUUUCAGGCAAGUACUUUGGGGACUGUAAAGAGGAAGAACUGUUGCCCAAAGCUAUGGAUGAGUCUGUGGCGAGAAAACUUUGGGAUAUCAGUGAAGUAAUGGUUGGCAUAUUAAAAUAGGGACAAGGAAUGGAUGAGAGCUAUUUGGAAAACCAGAUGUCAGCCCUCUCUUUAAUCAGGAAUGGUGUGUCUUGGAUCCUUGCUGCUUGAAAAUACAAUUUUGGUUUUACAAUAGUACUGCUAAGAGGUUCAUAGAGGUAUUUUUAAGUUACUAAGAGGUUAUUAUUUGGAGAGCAUAAAAUUUCCCAAAAGAUGUUUUAAAUAUGUAUAAUAAGCAUAUCAAUAAUUAUCAGUGAUAUGUUUAUGCAUGGAUUACAAAUAUUAAAGAAUUUAAUGACUUGAAAUAGAUACUUUGAGAAGUUUUUCACAUACCUGUGAGUUUUAUGGUAUAUUUAGUGCUAAAUAUCUUAAUGAUGAUACUGGCUUUUGUGGCGAAAUAUGCCUGGUGUGAAUGCACAAUUCUUACUUGGAAUAAAUUUAUUGAUACAGAUUCUUAAUUGUAUGUUUCUUUAGAAGCUUCACUGAAUUUAGUCCUUUAUCGUAUCAUUAGCCUCUACCAAUGGUAUGCCCAGUGUAUUUUCUUCCUACACAUUUUCACACUGCUUUAAGAAGUAAUAUUUCUAAAAUAUUAAAAUUUGAAGUAUUAUUUCUAAAAUUUGAAGUAUUAUUCAAAUAUAGAAGCUGCAUGGGUAAACCAGAUUAUAGCAAUGCUUUGAGAAUGGAGUUCUCAAAGAAAUUUGUGGAAUUUAGUCGUUUAGAAGCAAUUUCCAGUUAAACUUUUUAAUAUACUUUGGAGACUCUCCCUGAACUGGCCGCAGGCUUACCUUGUACUCUUCACUCAGUGCUGUCCAGUAGGAUUUUCUGAGUGACAGAAAUAAUUCUGUCUGCACUGUCCAAUAUGACAGACUCUAGACACGUGAGCUUAUUGAGUACUUGAAAUUUAACAAGCAAUUUAGCACACUAAUUAUUUGCUCAUAACUCCAAUUAGGCAGUUGGGAUAGGAAUUAUCCAAGGAAAUAUGUUCUUACUAGAUUAAUUUCCUCAAGAACCAAGUAUUGUACCUGAUACACAGUACAUAUUGAAUAAUGAAUUAUGUAUGAAUAAAUAAGUAUUAAAAUUAGGAAUAUUAUAGGCAUCAAAAAUAAUUUUAACUAUCUUUUAACCAACUCAUAAUAUUGGAAAAGUGAAUUAUGACAGUAAAGAAUAGACUGAACUACACAGAAUUUAAUGACCAUUUUGACCAGAAGCAGUCCUGACUGUAAUAUCUGGUUACCGGUAUCAGUUCUUUUUAAGAAAGGCAGCAUCUUGGCAGAUGGUAUAAAAGGUCUGUUUCCUCUUAGGGUACUGGGUUGUGAAUAUGAGAAGCACUGAGUGUUUUGUAUCAUCACAGGUGUGUCUGUGCAGGUGUAGUCAUUAUAGCUGCAUCAUGUUCUUUGAAAUGUAUUUAAAAAAAAUAAUCCUAAAGAAGACCUGCUGAAUUUAGAAAUACAGGCAGGAAAUACAUCAGAAUGCAACCUGGAAAAAUGGAAGCUAAUAAAUCUGUCCUACACCUUGACUUCAUUAAAAA